GUUAAUGAUUGAUAGGCUGGACGAAAGUUUGAGUUGGGAUACGACACCAUUCAAACACAUUGAUCUGAUUAGGACGCCAUCGGAACAAAUAUAUUUACCCGAUAUUAUGAAUUAUAAUGACAUCGAUUACGGCACACAGAAAUUUGCAAAUACCAAAGCGCUUGUUUAUAAGAAUGGUAAAGUCUUAUGGGUGCCUCCAAUGACACUAAAGCCUCUGUGUCGGGUCAACCUGAAGAGGUGGCCAUACGAUGAACACAUUUGUUUUAUUAAGUUUGGUUCAUGGACUCACGACGGAUAUGUUCUAGAUGUUUUUCCUAAAAAUGAUGGAAAGAAACCACAAUUUCUAAGUGAUUUCUACGAGAACACUGAGUUUGAGGUGAGUUUCAUAAACGCCACGCGAAAAGUGAUGUUUUACGACUGCUGUAAAGAGCCGUAUCCGUCGGUCAGCUUUUACUUCCGACUCCAACGCCGACCCACUCUUUAUCACUACAUUAUUUCAAUCCCGGCUCUCAUGGCUAUCAUCGGAAGUCUUAUCACAUUCUGGUUUCCCAUCCGAUCUAACAUACGAUUUGUAUUGAAUUCAUUCAGUUUUCUAACCCUAACUCUACUUCUCAUUUAUUUGGGAACUCAUUUGGGUUUUAGUUCACUCGGAGUUCCCAUUGCGGUUCGUUUUCUAAGUUUAUCCGUUCUUUUUGUUGGGUUAUUGCAAAUAUGGUUAACCAUUGCGUACAACAUAUCGCUAUUGAAAUGUGAAAUCCCUUUGUGGACCGCAAAAGUCACGAAACCAUUGCUGCAAAUGUACCGAAACACUGAACACGAGAGCAUUCAGUUGACACAAUCGGAACAAUUACAGGACACCAAGAAGUCCGGUCAGCCCAACGCCGAGGACUUGACAUUCAUUAUCGAUAAAAUUGUUUUCAUUGUCUUUGCGUUCGCUAUUGUUAUCAAUUCUGUCGCUUAAAGUUUUUUGUAAUUUGUUGAUUAAUUUCUUGAAUAUCAUAAAAAUGUAUUGAAUUUAAAUCACUGUUAACUAUAUCUGCAUAACUUUGUAUUAAUAUAUUUAUGGGCCG